UACUUUCAAAGCUUGUUUGGCUCGCCCAAACGCCGCGGGUUGGCGGCCCUCUCCAUCUGUCCUGUCUUCUCUUUCUCGAUCUCAUCGCCGCUCCGUCACCUUCCCCCACCGAUCUACAGCCUCCGGUCGCGCCCCUCCGAUCUCCCCAUGGACGACAGCUGCGCGGUGUGCACGGAAACCCUCGAGUGGGUGGCCUACGGACCCUGCCGCCACCGGGAGGUCUGCUCCACCUGCGUCGUGCGGCUCCGCUUCGUCCUCGGCGAUCGCCGCUGCUGCAUCUGUAAGACCGAGUGCCCCGUCGUCUUCGUCACCAAGGCUUUGGGGGAUUAUACGAGGAUGGUAGUUGAUUUCUCGGUGUUUCCGGUUUCCUCGACAGAAGGUCAGGUGGGACGAUAUUGGUACCAUGAAGAUACACAGGCCUACUUCGAUGAUAUGGACCAGUACAAGGUGAUAAAGGCAAUGUGCCUGCUUUCUUGUAGCGUUUGCGACAAGAAUACAGAUCGUCAAGGUAGUGAGAGAUCAAAGAGGAGGGCCAGAUUUAGGAGCAUAGAGCAAUUAAAGGGCCACCUCUUCCAUCAGCACAAGUUGGUCAUGUGCAAACUAUGUUUGGAAGGAAGAAAGGUUUUUACUUGUGAGCAAAAGUUAUACACUAGAUCACAAUUAAAUCAACACAUGAGCACAGGUGACUCAGAGGUGGAUGGCAGUGACAGUGACCGUGGUGGUUUUAUGGGUCACCCAAUGUGUAAGUUCUGCAGAAAACCAUUCUACGGAGAUCACGAACACUAUAUGCACAUGUCGACAGUUCAUUACACCUGCCAUAUAUGUCGAAGGCAGCAUGCUGGACAGUAUGAUUAUUAUAGGAACUACAAUGACUUGGAGAUGCAUUUCCGACAAGAUCAUUUCCUCUGUGAAAACCAGGCAUGUUUGGAAAGGAAGUUUGUUUUUUUUCAAACUGAAGCAGAGAUGAAGAGGCAUAAUGUUCUUGAGCAUGGGGAACACAUGUCUCAUUCUAAGCGGAAUUCUGCACUCAGGAUACCAACUAGCUUCAGAUAUCGGCAGAAUGAACAAGAACACCGCCGAGGAAGAGGCCGUGGAUUUCAUUCAGAUCCUUCUGUUAACCAUCUAUCAAUGGGAACACAAGCCAACCUUGAAACUGCUUUAACUAGUGGUGGAUUUCAUGAUUCUUCAUCUAGUUCUCGUUUGAAUGCUGAGCAGGGGGAGACUAGCCAUGCUGAUGUAGUUAGAGAUUCUUCAGAAGCAUCAACUUCUAUUGCAGUUUCAGAAGCACCUUCAAGAACUCCAUUGUCUUUGAGCCAAAGCCAUACGACUACACCGAUGCUAGUAGAAUUCCCUCCCUUUGGUGAUAGGGAUUCUCGAGAGCCUUCCUAUGGAUAUGCUCAAGCUCUUAGCCAAAGCUCUAGAAAAGCUGUCAAACUCGAGAAGGAAUCAUUUCCUCCGCUACCUGGUGCAACUGGUCAAUCGAAACCUAUUCAUACGUCAGAAAGUUUUUAUAUGAAUAGCCUCGCUGUCGGUCUCCAACGCAGCAGAGGCUCUGUCGUAACUAACUCUGCUCAGUCUAGUCCACCAGAGUAUCAUGGGAGAUUCCCAUCUUUUUCUGAGUUCAGAGCCACACCAACUAAUGGUCCUACAUCAUCCACUUCUUCAAUUUCUCAGAUGGGAGCAAGGCCAUCUGCCAGUUCUGCUUGUAAUUCGAAUACUGCUCGUGGGAUGAGACAGUCAACAUUGGCUCCUAACCUUGCAGAGGGACGUCUAUCUGGCCAUGCUGCUCCCUGCAUGAAUUCUGCUGUGGAUGGAAAGGAAACAUUGACAACAGGCAACCAAUCUAUUACUUCAAUGGGGGAUGUUUAUUCCGCAAACAAGUCCUUGGUUGAAAGGAUUCGUGCUGAUUUAGGGAUGGAUGAGGGUAGAUAUGGUGCAUUUAAAAGCAUGUCAUCUGAGUAUCGUCGAGGUCGAAUCAACACAUGGGAGUAUCUUUCUUAUGUUGAGCAAUUUGGCCUGUCACAUCUUGGUGUUGAACUUGCUCGACUAUGUCCUGACGCUCAGAAAGAGAAGGAAUUGAUUGAUGCCUUCCACGCUAAUAUGUGGAACAAAAGUCUGCUAGAAAAUGGUGGGAGCAAAGGUGGUAGGAAGGGGAAGGGAAAGGGAAAGGCUAUAGUGCAUGCUGAAACUCGUGCAACUAGUGCCAGGGAUACUUUGGACACUGUAAGAAAAGUGGAGGAUGGGUGCCGAAUUGCCAAGGACAAGCUUCAAUCGUCAGCUAGGGAUGCUUGUGCAAAUUCAAGUUCUGUUGAUGUGAAUUUGGCUGGAAAAAAUACUGCUGGUGAAGUCGAUUCUGUUAAAGACACUGCAAAGCAGAAUGUGGCUGAUGGAGGAAAUAGCAAUCAAAUAAAAAAGGCGUCAAAGUUUCAUAGAGUACGGCUGGGUGAUGGUUCGGCAUCUUUUUGAAAUAAGGGAAAUGAUGGACGAUAACAGUUUUUUAGCAUGCAUGUGGGAUGAGAUUGAUUUUUCUGCUGCCUGAGGGUGUACAGAUCUGAUGCAUGUCUUGCUGCUCAACCAAGACAGGUAAUCGUGUGUCAUCGAGUGCAAAUUCACUUUUGGUUGUCGAAACCUUCUCACACGUACAGAGCCGUAAGGACUAGCAAAAGGUAACUUUAUGAGUUUGGUGAUGAGACUUAUCUCUUUUUUUUUUUUGCCUUUUGUGAUUACACCAAUAUUUCUCUUAUUAAUAAAACAAUUGGAUGAACAGCGUA